AACGUGUGCAAGAAUUUGUGUGUGAUGUGUUCUGGAGUUUGGGAAUGUGUUUUGUGUUAUUUUGUUUGAGCAGGUAUUUUGUGAUAAUAGAUCUUGAGAAGAUCUUUCCGACGCAACAAGAAUCGCUUCAAUCGGAGCAAGAACGCGAAAGCUAUGAAGAUUCAAAGUUCAUGAGCUUGCGUUACAAUUGUGGCGGUUACAAAAUGAAGUUGUGGGGUGACUCUAUAUGGAGUUGGGACCUUUGGGGGUUGGGGAAAUUUGUCACUCUACUGUAACAGCUGCAAAUUGGUUGGGAACAACCAAGCUAGGUUGGCAAGGGUGGCCAACUUGGAUGGAUUGGUUGGGAAGGAACAAAUGAGAUGUUCGAGCACAUCAAGGAUCUUGUGGAAGCGGAUGAUUUGGGUCCAAGGGCGUGGAAACUACUGCGCGAUGUGAUUCCCAACGCUCUCCCGAUGGUGAUCGUGCUCGAGAAGGAACUUGCUGCCAUCUCCAUGCGACCAGGGAACGAUGUGAAGCCGGUCCUUGACAAGAUCAAGGACACCUAUGCAAGGAUGGCAGCAGCGGGCAGCAGGCUGCCUGAUCCGUUUUGGGUGUCUGCACUGAGGCAGGUCGCCCUUGUGAAGAAUAGGGUGCUGGCUACAAAGCUGACAGUGUCAAGGGAUGUGAAGUUUCUUGAGUCCCUGUACUACAAGGAAUGGAAGCAGCAGCAACAGAAGCUUCCAUCUACACCACUCAUUGUGGAGGCAGAUGAGCUCACCAAGAAUGCUUGUCUGCAUGGGCUGACAAAACACAUAAGGCCUAAGUGGCACUGGGUGAGGAGACUCCUUGAUAAGGAGGUGCGGCUGGAGAUAGUGAAGACCCAUCAGCAGGCAGCAGAUAUUUUCACUAAGCGUCUGGCGGAGGCGGAUCAUUGGAAGGGCAUGAAGCUUGCAGGGAUGAGUGUGCAUUGAGUAUGCAUGCUUGAGAUGUGGUAUGUUGGGACCUUUGGGGGUUGGGGAAAUUUGUCACUCUACUGUAACAGCUGCAAAUUGGUUGGGAACAACCAAGCUAGGUUGGCAAGGGUGGCCAACUUGGAUGGAUUGGUUGGGAAGGAACAAAUGUCAAAGUUGGGG